UUUGAAAAAUUUCCAAUCAGAUAUAAAAGUUUCAAGAUUUUUCUUCUCAAGAGGAAUUAAAACAUUGUCUGAUGGUAGCCUAGUAGUGGGUGCCAGUCACGUUUGCCUUAAACUCGAAUAAAAAAUAGUAUCGAAUUUCAAGAAGUGCCGAAAGAAGACAUCAUGAGCAGCAGCGGAUCUUCACCGAGAAAAUUUCCUCACACCGAAGGCAACUUGAACUCAGACUUAAUCAGUUUCUUGAUGGAGCUGGCUGAGUACGAGAACAUAGUUGGGCGCAACGUGUUUAAAAGUAACGCUUACAAAACUGCCGCUUCCGUGCUGGCUUCUCACCCGAAGCGCAUUGCGAGUGGCGAAGAAGCUGCUAAACUAAAAGGGAUUGGCAAGAAAAUAGCCCUGAAGAUCGACGAAUUUCUAGCUACAGGCAAGCUGGAAAAGCUGGAAAAGAUUCGAGGUGACGAAACAUCGACAGCACUGAAAGAAUUGGCCCGCGUGUCAGGGGUUGGUCCCACCAAAGCACGCCAGCUGUACGAUGAAGGCAUUACUACCAUCGAGCAGCUUAGAGGGAAUCCUGAGAAACUGACGCAUCAUCAGAGAAUAGGCCUUAAGUAUUUAGAAGAGUUUGAACAAAGCAUCCCCCGUGCUGAGAUCGAGGCCCUGGAAGGGGCUCUGCGUCGCUCCCUGAGUGCCUUGCCGGAGCCUAUCACACUCACAAUUUGUGGCAGUUACAGAAGAGGAAAGGAGACCAGUGGAGAUAUCGAUGUCCUGCUCUGUGUUAAAUCAUCAUUAGACGGUAAUGCAACGUCUACGGAAGAUCCUAAAACUGCGAAGGAAAAGCAUGGCAAAAAGUUUGAGGACAAGAACUUGUUAUCGCGCAUCGUUAAUCUGCUGGAACAAGACAAGAUAGUCACGGACACUUUGUCUCUUGGAGACACUAAAUUCAUGGGAGUGUGUCGGCUGAGUGAUGACACUCCUCAUCGCCGUCUCGACAUACGCCUGCUGUCACCUGAUCAGUUUCACUGCGGUGUCCUCUACUUUACUGGCUCUGGUCUCUUCAAUAAGGAAAUGCGAUCAGUAGCGCUGUCCGCAGGCUUCACCUUAAACGAGUACAGCAUCAGGCCCGUGGGCAGCACCGGCGUGGCGGGAGAGCCACUGCCUGUAACGUGCGAGAGAGACAUCUUCGACUACAUUGGCAUGGAUUACAAGGAGCCUCACGAGAGGAAUAUGUAAAUACCUAAAUCAUGAUUUAAGAGAAUGGAGAUGCAUGCAUGCACUAUCGAUUAAUUACCAGUUCCAGGUAUUUUGACAUGGGAAUGCUCAUAAAUAUUUCGUGUUUUUUCAGUUCGCUAUACCAGGGCUAUGAGCGAUGCAAGAUGUUAGGUAGCAUCAUUCUAAACGAUAAUUUGCGAGUGCCUAUUCAGAAACGGGUACAGUUAACUUGUUCGGAGGUACUGUCCUUCUAGGUACCUUGUUCUAGAUUAGACCUCCAGGCUAAAUCCAUUUUCCUAAUACCAAAGACAUAUUUUCAUUGCUACAAGUCUUAGGGAAAUAUUCAAGAAACACAAGCUUGGUUAAUAAAAUUUACUUAUCAGAUAUCUAGAUUUAAAAGUAUAAUUAACUCAAAACUGCAA